AACUGGCCAUCCGGUGCUGGGCCUAGCAUCCGGUGCUUUCAGCCAUGGCCGGGACGGUUCCCGUGCUUCCCUACUUGGCGCUGUAUGUGGCCAGCGGCGCAGCGCAGCCGCUGCUGAUGUGGGAGCUGCAUAAGGCGGGGCUGGGGGACCCGCGGUGCCAGCUCUACAUGGUGCCCUACUACGUCGGCAUGGCCGCCACCGGCCUCCUCUUCCUAGCUCGCGGCGCCGAGAGCCUCGGCAGCGCCGCAGCCGGGUGGCGGCGCUGCGCCGCCACGGCGCUGCUGGGGAUCGCCGCGCAGAGUUUGAACUGGGCGGGCUCUAUGCGGGCGGGGAGCUCCAUCUUUGCAGUGGUCUAUGCCUCGGUCACGAUUUGGUCCGCUCUCCUGUCGCGGCUGCUGCUUCAGCGUCGCUUGGUGCAGUCCCAGUGGCUUGGCAUCGCCCUGGUGGUGGCUGGGCUGGCGCUCACAGGCUGCGGCGCCCGGCAGCUGGGGCCGGAGGUCCUAAGCGGCACAGCGAUGGUCGCUGCAGGCACGAUUCUGCACGCGGCAUGCCAUGUCGUCUCGGAGUACAUCUCCGUGAAGGGCGCCAGGAUCCAGCCACACCUCAACGCUUCACUGCAGGGGCUCACCGGCUGCGCUGUGGUAGGCACGUGGCAGCUCACCUUCACUGCGUCGCACUGGCAGCGCAUCGCGGUGCCGGUGGAGGAGGCUGGCACAUCCUGGCCAAGAUGCAUCGCACUGCUGGCUGGGCUCGCGCUCAGCAACUUUGUGCAUGCCGGGACCUUUUUCCAGCUCCUGACGCAGGUGGGCGUGGUCUCCACCGGCGUGGCCAAGGCGCUGCAGGGGGUCCUGGUCUUCGUGCUGUCGCAUCUGCUCUACUGCAGGCAGGACGAAUCUCAGUGCUUCUCCUCGCUGAAGGGCGUGUCUCUGCUGGUGGUGACCUGGGGGGUGCUCACCUACAUCGCCGCCAGCAAGCCCAGCAAACACUGAGGGCGCUUAUACUAAGUCCUUCAGGAGUGCCCUUCUCUCCC